GGAACUUUGAAUCUGGUCUCAAAGACAAUGAUAUCACCAAAGCAACUCUGUCCUUUUCAUCAAUAAUAGAUUUGUCACGUACCCACUUUAAACAUUAUAAAAACUAUAACUCACAAUUUUCUAUUAUUAAUCCUACCUAUUCUUCAAAUAAAAUAAAAUAAAAUUUUCCCAAUAUUGUACUAUCUAAAGAAUUUGGGAAUAUCCACUUCAAUCAUAACACAAACCUAACGAACAAUAACACCCACAUUUCCCAAAUCUCAUCCCCUUCUCAAUAAAUCCAACAAAAAAAUCCCAAUUCGAAACUCAAAUUUUUCCACCCAAUGGAACCCUAAAUCGAAUCUGAAUAAUUCCCAAAAGAAAUUCCCAAAAUAUCCAUAAUCAAGGAUCUGCAAAUUGCUGUUAAAUUCACCUUUUUCAGUGAUGUAUAGACCAAAGAAGCUGUGUUUUUUAACAUUGCUAUGGAUAUUGGGAAUUGGGUUAAAUUUAGGUUUUGGGAAUGCAUUGAAAAUGCCAUUUAGGGUUAAGGAUGUACUUCCGGUAUUACCCCGUCAAGUUUCUUGGCCCGUGCUUAGUAGUUUGCAUAGUGCAAUUGAUUUGUUGCCAACUUAUAUUGGAUCACUUGCUCCAAAUAACGGGUCGAUUAGUUGGAAAGGAGCUUGUUUUUAUGAGAAUGAAGCAAGAGUUGAGUUUACUGGUCCUGGUGAUCGUGGCAUUGGUGGUGCUACUAUACAUCUUUUGACAGGCGCAGCGCACAGCUGGACGUGUAUGGAUCUGUAUGUAUUUGCUACACCUUAUAGGAUAACUUGGGACUACUACUUUUCUGGCCAUGAACACACAUUUAAAAUUGAGUCAUGGGAGGAACCCGCUGAAAGGGAAUAUGUCAAGCAACAUGGAAUCUCUGUAUUUCUCAUGCCAUCAGGGAUGCUCGGAACCUUGCUUUCCUUGGUGGAUGUACUACCCCUGUUUUCUAACACGGCAUGGGGACAAAAUUCUAACCUUGCUUUUCUGAAGAAGCACAUGGGUGCAACAUUUGAGAAACGUCCACAUCCACAUCAGGCAACAAUUAACCCAGAUGAUGUUCAUUCUGGUGAUUUCUUAGCGCUGUCAAAGAUACGUGGACGGUGGGGUGGGUUUGAAACUCUUGAGAAGUGGGUCACUGGUGCCUUUGCUGGUCAUACAUCAGUUUGUUUGAAGGAUGAGUUGGGCAGUCUUUGGGUUGGUGAAUCAGGACACGAAAAUGAAAAGGGUGAAGAAAUCAUCGCAGUUAUCCCUUGGGAUGACUGGUGGGAAAUGACACUCAAGGAUGAUUCUAACCCACAAGUUGCUUUGUUGCCCUUACAUCCUGAAGUGCGUGCGAGAUUUAAUAAUACCGCAGCAUGGGAAUAUGCUCGGAAAAUGUCCGGGAAGCCAUAUGGUUACCAUAACAUGAUUUUUAGUUGGAUUGACACAGUAGCUGAUAAUUACCCUCCACCUCUUGAUGCUCACUUGGUGAUUUCUGUCAUGUCCAUGUGGACAAGAGUGCAGCCAGCAUACGCUGCUAACAUGUGGAACGAAGCUCUGAAUAAGAGACUUGGCACUGAGGAUUUGGACUUGUAUGGCAUUCUUGCUGAAACUGAAAAACUUGGUAUAACAUUUGAUCAAUUGCUGACCAUCCCGGAACAAGAUGAAUGGGUCUAUAGUGAUGGACAAUCCACUACAUGUGUGGCCUUCAUUCUCUCAAUGUACAAAGAAGCAGGAGUUUUUGGCCCUCUUUCCAACUCUAUUCAAGUAACGGAGUUCACUAUUAGAGAUGCUUACAUGCUCAAAAUUUUCGAAGAUAAUCGGACACGCCUCCCAAGUUGGUGCAACAGUGGGGACAAUAAGGUCUCUUUCUGCCAGAUUCUUGGCGAAUAUCAAAUGGAACUGCCCCAGUACAACACAUUGGAUCCAUAUGCCAACAUGAAUGAGAAUUGUCCUUCUUUACCUCCACACUAUGAGAGGACCAGGCGUUGCUGAUCUGGAUUAAACUUGUGUCAGUGUAUCCCACGGGAUUUAGCUUUGUUGCUAUUUGUUAAACACGUAUCAGAUUAUCUAGUCUAUGAACGUACUCUGCUUGUUCUUCAGUUUCUAUGUGAAAUAUCUAAAUCUGUACAUAGUUCAUGCAAAUUGUAGUUUCUUCGAUAUUCAAGCCUAUGCUGGUUGCUAGAUGGGGAAUAACGUAGAAUAAGUUAUGGACUCAGUGCCUCUUAAGUCUUGUUGUGAUAUCUGUUCUGUGUAAGUAGAUGGUGUAUGUGAGUUGGUGAAUCUUUGCUAAAUGUGAACUGUAGCUGUAUCUUAGCAUUUCCAACUAGGCGAGGCUAGCGUAUUAAUGUUAUUGACUAUUAUGUACAUCUUGUUCCUUAUUUUUCAGGGGUAUCUUGGAAAUGUAAUUUUCCUAUUUGAUA